AUGUGUGUUUUGGGCUUUUGGGUUUUUGCGUCCGGCCGUGCGUUUUGGGCUUUUGCGCUGGUGCUGUGCUGCUUUCCGUUGCUUUGCAGCACCUGUCCUGCUCAAUGCAGCUGCUUCUACCACAAACUGAGCGACGGCUCCAAGUCAAGGAGCGUCCUGUGUAACGACCCCGACCUCACUGUCAUCCCAAACAACUUUCCGUCGGACACCUCCAAACUCCGCAUCGAGAAAACCGCCAUCAGCCGCGUCACCAGCGAAACCUUUCAUUACCUCAGUAGCCUGGAGUACCUGUGGAUAUCCUUCAACUCGCUUUCCUCCCUCAGCGUGGACGGUUUCCGUGGACUUCAUGCCUUGGACGAAUUACGGAUAGAUGGGAACGUUCUCACUUCCUUCCCGUGGGAGUGUCUGAGGGACAUGCCUAACCUUCGGCUUCUGGAUUUGCACAACAAUAAAAUCAGCAGCAUCCCAGCUGAGGCAACCAUUUACAUCAAAAACUUAACCUACCUGGAUCUGUCCAGCAACAGUCUGGCCACCAUUCCCGCGGAGGUUCUCACUUCAUGGUUCUCUCCGAAACCUCCUCAGGAUAUGGAGAAUUCCAAAAUGAUAUUGGGGCUCCAUGACAAUCCCUGGCAGUGUGACUGUCGCCUCUUUGAUCUGGUGCAGUUCCAGAAAUAUCCUUCUUCCUCCGUGGCGUUCAUCGAUACGCGUCUGCGCUGUGCCGAACCGGAGAGUCUGUCUGGAGUGCUCUUCUCCGAUACGGAACUCCGCAAGUGUCAGAUUCCCCGCGUGCACACGGCCGUCGCGAGGGUCCGCAGCUCCAUCGGCAACAACGUCCUGCUGCGCUGCGGGACCAUCGGAGUGCCCGUCCCGGAGCUGUCCUGGUCGCGAGCCGACGGCAAGCCCAUGAACGGCACCGUUCAACAGGAAGUCUCAAAAGAGGGGAUCAUCUGGUCCAUUCUCAGCGUCCCUGCUGUUUCGUACAGAGAUUCGGGAAAAUACGUUUGCAGAGCCACGAACUUUGUCGGGAGUGCCGACGCCGUUAUCUCACUCGUCAUUUCUGAUACGUGGCAAAUCGACGAAGCGGUCGCCAAGAGAAGUCACGGAAAGAAGAACGGCGGAUUCGGCCGAGCGGCGUAUCAAGAGAAACUCAUCGCCAGAUACGUGCCGCCUGCCACGUCAGUUGCCGUGCCCAUUAUCGAGCCUCUAAACGGACCCAAAGUCUCGUCGUCCAUCCAGAUCGAAAGCUACAGUGUUUCUGAAAACGUUUCAAAAGCGAAGUCCACAGCGCCACCCGCGGCCGCCACGGAAACAGACAGCGGCGUUGGGGAGCUUCAGAAAGACGUCUUGAGUAAUCUCGAGGCUAAUGCGUCUUCCCUUCAGCAGGGCCCAGAGCGCAGAGUGGUUCGGUCGGUCAAAGUGAUCGGUGACACGGACCACACGGUAUCGCUGAACUGGCGCGCGCCCACCGCCACCAACAUCACGUCGUUCAGCGUUCUGUACGCCGUCUUCGGGGAGCGGGACAUGCGUCGCAUUAACGUCGGCCCGGGCCAGAACCGCGCCACAAUCGAAGGCCUCGUGCCCAAAACCAAAUACAUAGCGUGCGUGUGUGUGAAAGGACUCAUCCCCAAGAAAGAGCAGUGUGUGAUUUUCUCCACGGACGAGGCGGCCAGCGCCAGUGGCACACAGAAGCUCAUCAACGUGGUCGUGAUCACGGUCGCCUGCGUCAUUGCGGUUCCUCUGACCCUCAUCGUCUGCUGCGGGGCGCUAAAGAGGAGGCUGCAGAAACUGAUGGGCAGGAAGUCCAAAGACAUUCAAGACUCGUACGUAACGUUUGAGACUCUGUCUCCGGGCACCAAAGCCAAAGGGCUGGAGGGGGAAUAUCUCACCAGACUGAACCCGGAUGAGUCCAACCGCUUGCUGUCGGCCCGCUCUAGCGUGGACUCGGAGGCCACGGCCAGGAACGAAUGCCAACCCAACGAGUACUUCUGCUGACAGACCAACGACUCGCCCUCUUUCACACAACUCUUUGUGCCUAGCGCACUCUUGGACACUUUUAAUGCGUUUGAAAGCUUCAGUACAUAUCAGCUUUGUCCUUUCUCAGCCUGAAAAAGGCACAAACCACCUUAGAGAAAGGUCAGUGUUCAAAAAGGGAAAAUUAUCACACAAGAGUGAAAUAAUGUCUUUUUAUUUUUGUCAUGCACUUUUCCAGUGAUAUAUUUAUCAUUGAUUCAUGUGUCAUGUAUAUUCUGCAAUGAAAUUUCUGUGUUCAGCACAACAUACCCAUCUGUCUAAAGUUGAGAGUUUCUGUUUAGACCGACAGGACAUUGCAAAAAGGGAGGUUAGUGAUGUACACGCUUAAUCAUUUUUCCUUUUUACUUGUUUUUUCUUUAUACAAAGUGCACUGGGGCAACUGUUUUCCACUUUAACCUUAAAACUGUGCUUAUAAUCUGUCAUAUCAGGAGUAUGUUGAUGUCUGUACUUACUAAACGUGUUUAAAAAUAUGAUGAAAUAAAUCAUUUUUAUAUGGUUCUUGUUUUCUGAAUGUUUCCUCUUU